CGCUUCUGCAAGCGGUUUUGGAACUCCAAGGCAUGGAUUUGAAAGAAAAGCUUAAAUCUGUCAGGCAAAUCUGGUUGCAUGGAGAAGUGGUUACAACAAAACUGCGGGACAAGUUGUGUCACUUGUUGCCAUGGAUACAACUGCUCAACCUCUACAGAAUUUCCGAGUGUCUUGAUGUGGCCAUUGCUGAUAUUUCGCUAUCAGUGGCAACAGGAGAGGCGGGAAAAUAUUGUCCCGUGGGUAAAUUGCUUCCAAAGGUUCAUGCUGUCAUCAUGGAUGAACACCAAAACGUCAAAGCUAUUGGAGAACCUGGAGAGGUGAGAUUUUGCAGUCAAAAACAAGCAUCUUCUUCAAUAAUGUUUAAAUUAAAAUUGACAUCUUAUAAAUAACUGCCUUGCUGUACC